ACACAGCCCCGAAGUCCAGCCUUAGAAUCAGAAAGAAGCCCAUCGUGGGCUGCCUUCCCCCAGCCUUGCCUCUGAGAGGCUCAAGGCUUGGCGAUGGCCUCCAGGAGCCCCUCUGCUUCCAGGAACUGCCCUGGAUCCCCUGGCAGGCCCUGGGCCCAAGCUCACAGACUCACUGUGUCCCAGGGAAAGGCCGAGUUUAAGGAGGGCAGGGCGUCAGUGCGCAUCCAUCUGAGCCCGCCCAGCUCUGCUCCUCUGAACACGCCCUGCUGGCCCUGGGGAGUUCAAGGAUUCCCUGCACCAGAUGUUCCAGCUGGAAGGUCCUCCCCCGCCACUGCUCAUCUUCCACUACCUCCUGGCACGUGCACAGCCUGCAGUGACGCUGGGAUGGUGGCAGAUCCAAAGGUGCCCCGUCUGUCCCCAGAGAGAUGCAACAGAGAGCACCUGUCACCGUCUCCUGGGUCUCAGCCCAGCAGCCCCACGCACAUCACUCAGGCCACCAUGCCAGCCCGGGCUGCCAUCACUUCUUCCUGCCCAGAUGCCUGGACUCCUGCAUUAGCCUCCUGCCAAGGGCAACCUCAGCACACCCGAGACCUACCUGUCCCUGCUGGGAUGGUGUUGGGGGGCCACACUUGGGAGCCCCCACAGAACACAGGUGGGAGUGUGUUCCCCGGGAGAGCCUUCCUCCUUCAGUUGGGAAGGAUUACCCCUCUGCUGAUUCCUGUGGUUUCUCUGCUUCUUUCUACCCUCCUACAAUCUAUUCUUCUACACACCCAGAAUAAUCUUUAAUUUUUUAAAAAAGGUGUUUUUGUUCUUUAUUUGGUGGUGGCGGGUCUCACUUGCAGCACGUGGA